CUUCCUUUGCAGAGCCCCUGAAAUCAUCCUCGGUUUACCCUUUUGUGAAGCAAUCGAUAUGUGGUCAUUGGGAUGUGUCAUUGCAGAGCUGUUCUUGGGCUGGCCCUUGUACCCAGGAGCUUCAGAGUACGAUCAGAUUCGCUACAUUUCACAGACGCAGGGCUUACCAGCAGAGUAUUUGUUAAGUGCAGGGACAAAGACCACGAGGUUUUUCAACAGGGAUACAGACUCACCGUAUCCCUUGUGGAGGCUGAAGACGCCAGAUGAUCAUGAGGCAGAGACGGGGAUUAAGUCAAAGGAAGCAAGAAAGUAUAUUUUCAACUGUUUGGAUGAUAUGGCACAGGUAAACAUGACAACGGAUUUGGAAGGAAGCGAUAUGUUGGUGGAAAAGGCAGACCGGCGGGAGUUCAUAGAUCUGUUAAAGAAGAUGUUGACGAUAGACGCGGAUAAGAGGAUAACACCCAUUGAAACUCUGAGCCACCCUUUUGUCACCAUGACGCACUUGCUCGACUUCCCUCACAGCACACAUGUCAAGUCCUGCUUCCAGAACAUGGAGAUUUGCAAGCGGCGGGUGAAUAUGUACGACACGGUGAACCAGAGCAAGACGCCAUUCAUCACCCACGUAGCCCCAAGUACAUCGACCAACCUGACCAUGACUUUUAACAACCAGCUGAACACAGUCCACAACCAGACCACCAACCUGGCUCCCACCUCCUCCAGUGCCACUAUUUCCUUAGCCAACCCCGAGGUCUCCAUACUAAAUUACCAAUCUGCACUCUACCAGCCCUCAGCGGCGUCCAUGGCUGCGGUGGCCCAGCGGAGCAUGCCCCUGCAGACGGGAACAGCGCAGAUCUGUGCCCGGCCUGACCCCUUACAGCAAGCCCUCAUCGUCUGCCCACCAGGCUUCCAAGGGUUACAAGCCUCCCCUUCGAAGCACGCUGGGUACUCGGUUCGGAUGGAGAACGCCGUUCCCAUUGUCACUCAGGCUCCUGGGGCCCAGCCUCUUCAGAUCCAGCCAGGACUCCUCGCACAGCAAGCAUGGCCCAGUGGCACUCAGCAGAUCCUGCUCCCCCCGGCCUGGCAGCAGCUGACCGGAGUGGCCACCCACACCUCUGUCCAGCACGCGACCGUCAUCCCGGAGUCCAUGGCAGGCACCCAACCGCUGGCAGACUGGAGGAACACGCACGCCCACGGCAGCCACUACAACCCCAUCAUGCAGCAGACCACGCUGCUGGCCAGCCAUGUGGCCCUGCCCGCCGCCCAGCCCGUCAACGUGGGUGUCGCUCACGUCAUGCGCCAGCCGCCUGCCGCCGCCUCCGCCAGGAAAAGCAAGCAGCACCAGUCGGCUCCACGCAAUGCAUCCACCUAUGAAGUUUCAUCCUCUCAGUCCAUCAGCUCGCCCCAGCGGUCGAAACGAGUGAAGGAGAACACCCCUCCCCGCUGUGCCAUGGUGCACAACAGCCCUGCCUGCAGCACCUCGGUCACCUGCGGCUGGGGCGACGCGGCCACGAGCAGCACGCGGGAGCGGCAGCGGCAGACGAUCGUCAUCCCCGACACCCCCAGCCCCGCCGUCAGCGUCAUCACCAUCAGCAGCGACACAGACGAAGAGGAAGAGCAGAAGCAUGCACCCACCAGCACCUUGUCCAAGCAAAGGAAGAAUGUCAUCAGCUGUGUCACCGUGCAUGACUCCCCCUACUCCGAUUCCUCCAGCAACAACAGCCCUUACGCCGUGCAACAUCGCACAGGGCAGAAUAAUGGGAACAGCUACGACACCAAAGGGGUUCCAGAGACUCACUGCAGUGGGAACCCCCGAACGAUCAUCGUGCCACCACUGAAAACCCAGGCCAGUGAGGUGUUGGUAGAGUGCGAUAGCCUGGCACCAGUCACCACCAGUCACCACUCAUCCUCCUACAAGUCCAAGUCCUCCAGCACCGUGACCUCCACCAGCGGUCACUCUUCAGGGAGCUCGUCUGGAGCCGUUGCCUAUAGGCAGCAGCGACCAGGAGCACAUUUCCAGCAGCAGCAGCCUCUUAAUCUAAGUCAGGGCCAGCAGCACAUCUCGACCGACCGCACAGGGAGUCACCGGAGACAGCAAGCCUACAUCACUCCAACGAUAGCUCAGGCCCCGUACUCUUUCCCGCACAAUAGCCCCAGCCACGGUACGGUUCAUCCCCACCUGGCCGCGGCUGCCGCUGCUCACCUGCCCACCCAGCCCCACCUGUACACAUACACCGCCCCCGCCGCCCUGGGCUCCACGGGCACCGUCGCGCACCUGGUGGCCUCGCAAGGCUCCGCCCGGCACGCGGUGCAGCACACCACCUACCCCGCCAGCAUCGUCCACCAGGUCCCCGUCAGCAUGGGCCCGCGCGUCCUGCCCUCGCCCACCAUCCACCCGAGUCAGUACCAGGCUCAGUUUGCCCAUCAGACCUAUAUCAGUGCUUCUCCAGCCUCCACAGUCUACACUGGAUACCCACUGAGCCCCACCAAGGUCAACCAGUACCCUUACAUCUAAACACUGGAAUAAAGAGCGAGAGACGCACCCAUCCCGGGGGGAAUGAGGCAGCCGCUUUUGUAUUGAAGAACAUGACAAACUAACAAUGCAAUGGGAGGCUCGUGUGAAACUUGAACAAAGGAGACUUUAGGAAGAAAAGAAAAAGAGGAAAGAAGGGGGAAAACCAAUUCUACAAUUUUUAUUUAAAAAAAAAAAAAAGAAAAUGGAAAAAA